AUGUCUACGUUCUCAAAUCACGAAAAAUCGAAAAUUGGUAUAAUCAAGGAAUUGGAGACUGUGUUAAAAGCAGCGAAGUCCUCACCAUAUAUCGUGAAAGACUGUAUUUCCAGCGAGAUCACUCAAAAUAUUUGCAACGUGAUCGAAGCGAUUUUUAUACAUGGUCUGAGGGAUCCGUUCUUUGUAAAAGGAUCCAGAUACGCCAAAUAUCCCGAGCCGAAUUUCUGGCCAUUUGUCUCCAAGUACUCGCAUAAAAGUAUAACCUCAGAAAUCAAUUCAUUGAAACAGAUCAAAUCGGAAAUUGGUCGAGGAAGGGCUUGGAUUCGCAUUGUUGUGAAUCAAAACUCUCUGGAGCAUUACGUUCAGUUACUACUUGGCGAGACUAAGGCGAUAAAUCAAUUCUAUGAUGAAAAUGCCCUUUUGCGUGAUGUGGAGCAGAUGACAAAAGUUAGCGACUUGUUGAAAAAUCUCGAUCAGCUUCCGAUCUGCGCUGCAGUUAACAGCUCUUUCCUGAACACAUGGACACCUUCGCCACUUAUAUUAGCCGGUUUGGUUGAUGGGAAGCCGUUGAAGGUGGGAGCACUGGCACCUCGCCAACGUGCGUCAUCGCUUCGCGAUAACUCUACAGAAGUGGGAAUGUCCGCAAUAGAUUUCUUACAAUCGGAGCGUUCAACGCUGGUGUUAUCGCCCAUAUAUGGAAAGGAGAGGAAUAGUCGAAAGAUCAUCCUUAGCGAUGAUGACGAAUCUGUGUACUCGCAUCCGUCCAUGAUUAACGACUCAGAGAGAAUACCAGAACGUAUAAUUUUAUCGUCGUCCCCACUUAACAACGGUUAUGGUGAAUUUCCUCCACAAAAUGUUGCGCCGAUAAUUGUGUCUCGUCGAACCAAAGCUCCACGUCGGUCAUCGAGAAGCAGUAGCGAGUCUUGCUCUCGAGGAUCACAUUCUCACAGCGAAAAGGCGAGCACCCGAGCAAGCGGUUUAACCGAGCUCGGCACCUCAGUGAUCUCUGUGAACCAUACACGAAUGAGGCCUUCCGAAACACUUGACAUGAAGAAAUCUGUCCACUUGCCUCUCAACGACGAUAAUGUGCGAGCCAGGGAGUCUCCGAAAGUUGUAGAUGACUUGGCAGAUGACGUCUUUGACGAUGACGUGAACACGUCUGAUACUCAAAACGACGGAGCUGUCCCUAUUCCACAAGCUGGCUCAGAAGAGGAGCCCACAUUUGGUGCAUCACUUCACGACGAGUUGAUACUUGCAGAUGUAAAACCUGGCAGUAAUAGUUUAUUGAAUAGGAGUUGGAAGAAGCCAACUACAACUUCUUCAGAACCAGAAAGAAGUGGUAGCGCUUUGCUUUCGUCGUCGUCAGGCACAGAAGCUGAUGGGGGUAUUGUGAGCUUUGAUCAGGCGCUAAGAUCAGCGAUGGAAACCAGUGGUUCACCUAAUAAGGAGUUGGACUUGGAUGACACGAGGGAGCUAGGUUUUGAGACGGAUGUCGAAGACAUCGACGAUGAGCAAAAGUCCCCGUCGCGAAAGGAGUCUGCUGCUCUUCUGGAGCAAGUGGCAACGAAAAUGACAACGAUACCUCGUGAAGCCGGCUUGGAUUCUCAAGAUUUUCGUUGUCCAAUGUGUAGGAAAUCUAUUGGAGCCGCUUUCUCGAAAUAUGGUGUAUGCGGGAUCGAUGGAAUGUACUAUUGCGCAGACUGUAUGCGUGCCGGCGGCGAAAUGCCAGUACCUGCUCGCAUUUUGCGUAGUUGGGACUGGAAACCGCGUCCUGUGUCGGAUCGAGGGCGUGCUUUCAUAGAAGCCAACCAGGACAAUGUCAUCUUUCACAUUGAUCAACAUAAUCCCUCCCUGUAUGAGCAUGUGCCCUUGUUGAAGACAAUGAAGGGUAUGCGAGAGAAACUGCAGAUCGCAUCUAUGUACCUCUUCAAUUGCCGAGAGUCAAUAGCUGAAGAUUUCCGAAGACGAGUGUGGCCCCGAAAUCACUUGUACAACGAUAUCCAUGCGUACUCGAUCAGUGAUCUUUAUCAGCUGCACAGUGGCCUCCUGGAGAAGCAGGUUCAAGGUUUUCUCAAGCAUGCAAUCGAUCACGUCAUGCACUGUUCACUGUGUCGUCAGAAGGGUUUCGUCUGUGAGAUAUGCGAGGCGCGUGAAGUCAUCUAUCCGUUCCAGACGGAAACCACCUAUAGGUGUCCACAUUGUUUCUCGGUUUACCAUGCGGAAUGUGAACGUAGACUUGACGACUGCCCGAAGUGCGUGAGACGUGCCAAGUACGAAAUUCAUCAAGAGGCGAAUGACUUGCCUCUUGGAAACUUUCUCUUCCUUUUUUUAGAAUUUGUAGCUCCAUUACUUUGUUUGCUCUGA